AUGAACUACAACAAGCAUUCACGGUACGGUCUCGGUUGCAACGGCCGCGCGUCGCCUUCGCUGCUUCCCCGCUCGGCGUCCUUCUCCCCCGGGGCGUCCGCGGGGUCCUUCGCCUCGCUGUCGCCCUGCGCGUGCGCGCCGGUCGCGGCUGGAGCGGCACAUCUCCGUCAAGCGCCUCCCUCUUCUUUCGGGCGCAUCGCGUCUGCGUGGCCUUUCUCUUCGUCUCCGUCGCGGAGGACAGACGAUGAGCAGCCAGCUCCUCUCGCGGCCUCCGCGUCGGGUUUUUCGCCUUCACACGCGUCUGCCUCGGCGAACGCGGCAAAGGAGGCGGGGGAGGCGCCGCGGCUGCAGGUCGAACCAGCCUUAUCUGGUGCGCGCCCGCCCUCGUUCCCGCCGAGUCUGGCGCCGCAGGCAGGGGGGGGGCUGGAGGCCCUCCGCGCGCUCGCCGCCGCCCGACGGAGCCUCAGCAGCAGCCCGAGCCGCGGGACGACUUCCAGCAGCGAAUACGAAGGAACCGCACCGAACCGCGACCCCGCCCUCGGCGAUGCGUGCGCAGGCAACGACAGACGCGGCAGCCAAGACGCAAGUGAGGCGUCCACGCACUCGCCAGCCUCUGCGAAGUCCCCUCAUGUGGGCGCAGGCGCGCGGCAGCCGAGAGGGAGAAGGAGGGUCAGGGUGCGCCAGAAAGGAGAGGGAGGUGCGGAUUCCGCGUCGCCGUGCUUUUUGCAGCUGUCGCCAUCGCCUCCAUUCCUGUCAGGCGAGCCGGCGGAGGUCGCCGCGCCGCCAAGAGACGCGCCUUCCUCGCGUCUGUCCGCGUGCGCCUCUGCCGGGCUCGCCCCGGCGUCGCCGCCCUGGGGCGGGCACUCGACUCGGGGCGAGGGCGGCGCGCGGAGGAAGGAGCCGGUGGGGCGGGAAGCUGCGGCUCGCUCGAGUCUGUCCUCCGGUUCGGCGCCGCAGUCUCGACGUGCGACUCCCAAGGGCAAAUGUCCGCUAUGCCGGCGGCCGCUGCGGCCGCCGGCCCCCGUGUCCUCUGCGGCCCCGCUGUCUGGGCUUGACAGGCGCGACGACCACGAAGACAGUCUGCUGAGCCUCGCCUACCGCGGCCUCAUCUCGUUCUCAUUCCUCAUCCCCUUUCACCAGCUGAUCUUCGCCGAGCCGCUGCACGCGCCAGCCGCCGCGGCCUCCGCGCAGGGCGUCUCCGCGCGGUGGCGAGGCUCCUGGCUGGGCAAGCCGGUGUCUCUGAAGCUGCUGCCGUCCUUUGACUCGCCUCUCGGCGACGCCCUCGAGGCGCGCGGGCGCGGCGAGCGCAGCGCUUCCUCCUCCUUUGCGUCGUCUGCCUGCUGGCCGCGCUCGCGUUUUCGGCAGAGCCAUGAACCCGAGGCAGGGCGCGCCGCGAGGGGAGCGGCUGUGGAUGGAGGCGGCAGGGAGGAAACGAGGGAAGACGCGGGCAGCCAGGAGCGCCAGGCGGCGGUCGACACCGCGCACGCAAGUGCGCGGCGAUGCAAGGAGAAAAAGACGCGGAAGCAAAAGGAGAGGAACGGGGCAAGCGACGCGCAGACGGAGGUGCCGCUGCGGACAGAGGGGGAAGACGCGAAGCAAGAAGCGGAGAUGAGCGACGGCGCCGCCAAAAUAGGGAACGAAGGCGAGGAGUCAGACGCGGCCAGCACGCCCAGGCGUUCGCUGUCGCCUUUCGCACUUCCUCAGUCCGACACUCUUCCCGCCGCCUGCCGCGCCACUAUAGACGCCCUGCCUCUCUCUUUGUCGUCUUUUUUUCCGGGUUCCGCUCCUUCUUCGUCUUCGCUCGUCGCUCCGGCGUCGGGCGCGGCGAUUCCAGAUUUUCUGUCGCCGCGCGAGUUGGCGGUGCUGCUGCUGUAUCGCCUCUCGCUGCUGCGGCAUCCGCAUCUCGUCCUGGUGCUCGGCGUCUCCGAGGGCUCCUGCGUGGUGUGCGGGCAGGGGCCCGUUGUCUGGGCAGUCACGGAGUUUCUGCCGUGGCGGUCGCUCGCCUUCUUCUUCGGCACGCCGCUUACUCGUCCCCGCCAGCCCGCGGGCGCGCGCGAAGCCGCGCACGUAGGGCGGCGCCAGCGGGAAAGCAAACGCGAGGAGGAGGCAACGAUCGGGGGAGACGAGCGUGCCAGGGAUGGAGCCGACGCGCGCCGACGCAGAGCCGCGGAGGAGACUCGGCGGCCUCUGAGGCGCGGGGGCAGCGCGGAGGACGCGGGGGAGCGAGAAGAAGCGAGCCUCGCCAGCAGUGGCUUCACCAGCAUCCGAGAACUCUUGGAGACCGUGGAAGACGAGAGGCGGCGUCCGAUGAAAGGGAAGCGUCAGCUGUCGUGCGAAGCGGUGCACGCGCAGUCGACAGGCGCGGAGCCGCCAGACACAGGCGCGCGUCACAAGCAAGGCUUUUCUCCUCAUUUGCAGCCUGCACAUUCUCACGCAUUGUCGUCGCCUUCUUCGGGGGCAGGGGGCGAGGCGGACGCGCGGUUGUCGUCCGCGUCUUCCGCGUCGCUUGCGUCUCUCUCGGGGUCGGCUUUUCCAGCGCUGUCGCCUCUCUGCGCCCGGCCGCUGGCGCUGCGGGGAUCCAGUGGCCGUGUGGCCUCUUCGCCGUCGGGCGCGCCGCCUCUUGUCUCCUCCGCCGCGCAGGAGCGGCUCGCCAGGCCCGUACCCGAAGUCUUCGUGUUGAGCGACGACGAGGCGGAGAGCGCGAACGCGCAUCACGAGGAAGGCAGAACUGAGGACUUCCUUUUCCGGCAUCUGUCUGUGCCGCGCGUGAGCGACGCAGCGAGCGAGGCAGGCGACGGCGAGAGUUGCACAGGGUCUCACAGCGCCCUGCGGACUCACCGAGAGGCAACCACCGCGGAGGGCGAAGAUCCGUGGCGCCGAGAGGGCGACAGCUGCGAGCCGCUCCUCUUCUCCCUCCCCCGACCUCCACCGAAGAUUACCCGCGAGGAAACGCAGGCGGAGCCGCCAGACCGAACGAGGCUGAGAGCGAAAUCCAGAGAUUUCGAGCGAAGAAGACUCCGGGAGGACUGGAAGAAACGCGCCGACGCGGCAGCCGCAUUCAGAAUGGAUAUACACUCCGCACUCCGCUUGGCUCGCGGCAUCGCCCUAGGCUGUGCGUAUCUCCAGAGGAAAGGCCUCUACCACCAUCGACUCCAUCCUGGAAAAAUUCUCGUCGAUGAAGCCCUGAACGCGAAGCUGAUUGGCUCAGAUUCUGAAACCCUUCGCCAGUGGUGCGUCGCCUUCGCGGCCGCGAGUCUGCGCGGGCCUCCUCCGGCCUGCGCCUCGGGAGGGGAUCCUGUGACCGCGGCCGCCGUCGGCUCUUACGGCGGCUGUCCUCCGCUGCCGCUCUCGUCGUCGCCUCUGCCGCUGGUCGCCCGCCCGACCGCGCUCUCCGCGCCGCUGCCCUGGGCGUCGUCGCCGCAGUCUCUCGCGCGCCUCCCUGGCCCCAUCCCUGCGCCUCUCCUCUCCCCGGCGCUGCCGUGCCCGCCCGCCCUCUCGCCGCGGUCGCCCUCGCUGCAGCUCUGUCUGGCUUCCGAGCCCGUCAGCAGACACUCCUCGGGCGCGCCGACGCCCUCCAGUCGCCGCAGCCGCCGCAGGGCAACCGCCGCAGCACAGACGCGAGGCGCGGGCGACCCACAGCGCGAGUCGUGCGUGGCGCCUCUGUCGCGGCUGUCGCGUCUGUCGUCUUUCGAAGAGCGGCCGCUGCGGAGUGGGAGCGAGGUCGCGCUGGACGUGGCGGAAGAAACCCUGGAGCUGCGCGACGGGGGCGGAAAAGAAGAGUUCGUCGCCUGGCUGCAGCGCCUCAACUGGGCAUCGCCGGAGGAGCUGCUGGGGUACUUUCCGCCCCAUGCGCGAGGCGCCUGCGACAUCCACGCUUUCGGAGUCAUUCUUUGGCAAAUGCUGAGCGGCCUCGUCCCUUUCCAAUUCAUGAGUCCUGCGCAAAUCAUCGGCGCCGUCGGCCUCGGGCGCGACUCGCUUCCCGACCUCGGCCCGCAGGUGCCCUUGUCGCUCCGAGUCCUCAUCCGCUGCUGCACGCAUCCCGACCCCCGGCGGCGGCCUUCGUUUCACCACAUCGUGUCGCACUUGGUCAGCGCGCAGGAAGAGGCCAACACACCAGCGGAGGAGGCGCUCAUCGAUUUCAUGAACGGCACCUGA